GGGGCACCCUGGUUUCCACUGGGUUGGUGAGCACAGGGUCUCAGCCUGCAGAGAAGAAGGCUGGAGCUGAAGCCCUUCCUCAGGGAAGCUCGGCUGCGGUGGAGAGGUCCUUGCCUGAGUGCGUGGGGCCACCCAGCCACUGACACCUCUAGACUGGGCUGGUAGAGGUGGAGCAGGCAGAAAACACCAGCAAGGGCCAGAAAAUACAUCAAGAGCAGGCAAGAAAAGCAUACAAGGAAGAUCAGCCUUCACAGCAUGGAGAGACCUGUAGAAGCAAGCAGCAUGCCCGGAAUGGAUGGGGUCUGCACUGCACCUGAGCAGAAGAGGGAGCCUGAGGCAUCGUGCUCUGGGGAGCCCUCCAGGCGCCGAGAAGCAAAGGUCAAACAGAGUCGCUCCUCUCGGGCUGGGCUGCUCUUCCCCGUGAGCCGCAUAGAGAGGCAGCUGCGCAGAGGCCAGUUUGCUGAGCGCUUUGGAGCCAAUGCCCCUGUCUACCUGGCUGCUGUGCUGCAGUGGGUGACGCACAAGACCAUGGACAUGGCUGGGAAGAUUUCCAAGAAGAGCAACCAACAGUACAUCUCUCCAUGCCACUUGCAGAUGUCUAUAAAGAACAGCCCUGUACUCAAGCACCUUCUGGGAAGUGGGCCCAAGCACCGUGGCAGGGCUGUCCCAAAAAGCCAGCGCGUGGCCUCAACCUCCAAAACGAAGAAGACCAAGAGGAUGAAGAGAAGCCACAGACAACAGACUGCACCUGCCCGUGCCACUGCUGCUGUCACUGUCUAGUGAAAGCAGAAACUCCUGUCCCAUUCUGGCAUGGCAAGGGCUGUCUGGUUUGCCAAAUUACCUGCUAUGAUCUAAAAGUUGAAUAAAAGCCCUUGCACUA